UCUUAACGGGUUUCGACAAUUUCCUAUUCAUCAUCAUCAUCACGAUACCCAAUCUCGGCAGCAAAAAGAACCACUGGUGGUUAUUGGUUUUCUCAGAAAGGCGGCUUUCAUUAUUGGGCGGCGACAAAAAGCAACAACUUACUUCAUUAUCUUUCUCAAUCCCAUUACACAACAACAAACACAACACCACAAUGCGUGCCUCUCUAUUCCUCUCGGCGCUCAGCGUCUCCUCCGUUAUGGCCGCCCCACUACUCCCCGAGAUCAACGCCCACUCAGCUCCCGCCGACUCCCUCAAGAAGAUAUCAGAGUACUUCAACCUCCUCGCGGUCAAGAUCCAACAAAGCAAAUUCGAGAGCGCCGUACCAACAUGUGACCUCUCCAAAGUGGUCAUGCCCCAAGCUCCCUCCCCCCUUCCACCCCCUUCCUUCGGCCUAAGCCUCCGCCACGUCGCCCUCGGCCGUGGCACCCAAAACUACACCUGCGACCCUUCCACCCCCACCGCGGCUCCCGUCGCCAAUGGCGCCGUCGCCUCCCUUUUCAACGCCUCCUGCAUCGUCUCCGCUUACCCCGACAUCGGCGCCAUGUUGUCGACCGUCUCCUUGGACUUCAACCUCUCCGACCUAGCCUCCAUCGCUUCCUCCGUCGCUUCCGCCCUUCCUUUCCCUCCUUCUUUUCUCAAACAGACCCUCGCGCCCACCUCCGGCAUGGCCGUCUCAGGCGCUCACUACUUCACCAACGCAUCCACGCCCUUUUUCAACAUGGAUGCCUCGCAGUGGAAGAUUGGUGAGGCGCCGUGUGCCAAGAACAACAGUACACCUGCCCCAGAAGCGGCGCCGAGGGGCCAGCAAGGUGAAAAGGCGGUUGCUUGGUUGAAGUUGAUUACACGCCCGGGAGCGACGGGCGGACUGCAGGAAGUGUAUAGGGUAGAGACGGCGGGAGGAAGCGCGCCCGAGACGUGUGAGGGGAUGCCGGAGCAUUUCGAGGUGCAGUAUGCUGCUCAGUACUGGUUUUAUGGCAACUAAAAACUUUUCUGAAAUGUCAGUGAAUGAACAUUGGAUGUGGAAAAUCAAACCAAAAACAAGCACCAAAAAAAGACACCAUGUAUUUUAUGUAGGAGCCAUCUUCUUUUUUUUUUUUUUUUUGUUUCUCUCCUUUGUCUUUAUUUCUCAACAAUUUUCUUGU